UUUGUGCAGAUUUACUAGAAUCAGCAGAAAAUGAGGCGCGCACGUAUAAAAGUGCAAGCAACGGUGCCUGUUCGUCGAAAGGCGGUGCAACCAGCCACAUCUGCAGAUUCAGAAAAGCCCCCUCCUGCUUCCGAUUCUGUCCCGGAAGUAGAAAAAACUAUACCAGUUAAAGAUGUAAAACUUGAAAAAAUCGAAAAUGCUCGUGAAAAUAAAACUGAAAAUCUAACAGAAUCUUCUGAGAAACUUCAAGAAGAACCUGGUAUCAGCUCAUCAGAACCAAAAAUUAUCUUUACAAAUGAAACUGAAAACAAAGCCCAAGAAAACAAGAGUGAAAAUGUAGAAGAAGAUAUAGCAGAAUGUCAUGCUCUAAUUAAAAAAGAGAUCAUUGCUGAUGAUCAUCAGCAAAGGGAGAUUGUCAAAGUUACUGAAAAACUGGUCGAUUCUGUGGUGAAUGAAGAAUCGACUUCCGUCGACAAUCAAAAAGAUAGUUCCCUUAAAAGUAAAGAAAUUGAUUCCUUUACGGAGAUGGCAGCAGAUUCCUCUGCAAAUAAAGAAAUUAAUAAUACUGAAGUCAGCAAAGAAACAAAUUUGGAAACUGAAGUGAAGAAUGUAGAAAUUAGUAAACAAGUGGAAGUUCUUAAAGACAGUAAAGAUGGAGAUCCUAGUGCUAAAAAACAAACGGAAAAAGAAGUUCCAGAAACAUUUAGUCCACAUGUUGAGGCAAAUCCCACGAAGCAUCCACAAAGUCGUUCCUGCUUCAUGCGACCCGUUCCUCGAUUAGAUAGUGGAGGAAGAGUACGGAGAAACAGCGUCCAAGGAAGUGGAGCAAGUGCGAGUGAAUCGGAAGACGAUUCUAGAAAAUCAUCAAUUUCACCUCGUGUGAGAAGCGAUUCGAUUUGUUCCGUCCAAAGUAACAAAGACGGUUCCAGCACUUUUCAUGGUGUUUCAAAAUUAAAAUUCGGUCAAAAGAGACGAUUAACGGUCUCAGAAUCGGCAAGAAAACUGGCUGAAGCUCGAAGGGAAUUUAUGCUGAAGCACGAGAAUAAACCUCCUGAUCGAAACACCUUAACUAUGUACGAUUUGAUUUACUAUAAUCCAAUCAGCAAUCCUAUGUCAGGAACUAAUAGUCCGAAUGCGCAUCCUAGAAAGAUGUCCGUUUGCUCAGUAGCACCCGAAGAGAUAAAAGAAAAAGAAGAAGUGGCGGAAGACGAACCGACGGCGAUGCCUGUGCCGCGAGUAAAAGUCGGGCCCAACGGAGAAUUGAUUCUCGAUCAGACGAGUUUGAUAAUCGAGCGAACGGAAAAGGAGAAGAACAGGUCUGGACCGAUUGUUCUCGAUGAAAAUAAUAGUGGUGGCUUUUAUAAACGUCGUCAGAAAAGUAAGGAAUGGUCAAAAUGGGACACUCUACGAUUUUAUAGAGCGCUGAGUAAUAUUGGGACCGACUUUCUUUUGAUGCAAAGCUUCUUCCCUAAAAGAACUCGUCAGGAAUUGAAGCUAAAGUUCAAAAAAGAAGAGCGUACGAAUAAAGAAUUGGUCGAGAAGGCUCUCAAGUGUCAAGUAUUCGACAUGGAAGUCUUGAAAGAAGAAAUGGCGACCUUUGAAGAAAACGAGAGGAAGGAAAUAGAAAUUUCUAAAUCGAAAGCAGAUGUUGUGAAAAAGCAACUCAAAACUAAGCGCCCGGCCAAAUGUCGUUUUGUGGUCGGAAGCAUCGAAGAGAUUGAUGAGUCCUACGAAGAAGACGUGGACGGCGACCUGAGUUCCGGAGAAUCAAGAGAUGGAAAUUCACGGAAGAAGUCGAAGAAAUCGAGCAGACGAAAGCGGAAGGUGCCGAUUUCGUCGGAAGUGGAGGAGGAGGAGGAAGCAGCUGAAUCGACUAGUGGCACCGAGGAUACCGAAAUCUACCACGUGAAGCCCACGAGAUCUGGUAGAUUGCCGAAAAGACGCAAGUUACAAGCCCCCAAAGCUUUUGAUGAUGAUUCCUCGGAUUUGGAGGAGGAGGAAUCACAACCUCAAGAUGAAAUAUCGGCCGCUUCGACAGAAAAACCAAUCCGUUACGAUCCCGAACCCCAAGAAAUUAUUGCGAAUAUUCCCAACGCGAGAGAUAUCGAGUCAGGGUCUUUGGUUAUUUUAACAAGGGAAUCUCCAGGAGAGCCUGGAAAAACUGUCAUGCAAGUUUUUAUGGUUAGUAAAAAUUAUGACGCGAACGAUCCGAAUUCCCAGCAAAAUAUGACACCUGUAAGUUUAUCGCCAGAACUUUUAGCGACGGUAAAUUCCAAGAUUUCGGAAACUGAACCGGUUCGUAUUAAACCGGAAGUCCUUCACUCAAAAGAAUAGAUUAGUUUAAAGAAACUGAUCCUAAUGUGGUGAAAAUCGAAGGCUGAUGUUAGAAUUUUCUAAAAGUUUGAUUUUCGUCCCUUUGGUCGAUUUUUUUUUUGUAAGGGUUAAUUUUCAAGAUUGUAAAUAUAUUUAAGCCAUAUUUACCAUUAGGGAGAAAUUUUCAAAUAGUACGUAUAGACUAUGUAUGACUUGUGGGGAAAAAACAUUUUUCUUGGAUGCUCAUUUGUAAUAAUUGUACUUUUGUAUCGUCGAAAGAUGGAAACAUAAUUAAUAAUAACAAUUGAAUUUUCGUUUCCUUUUUAUUUUCGAAGUGUUAGAUGCAUUUUAUAAGCAAUUAUUAGUUUGCUAAUAAAAUUCAAAAG